AUGCUAAGUGUGUUUCUUCCUCUUUUGCAUGUGUGGUUUAUUGCCGAUACUCCCUCUUGGUUUUCAGCCAGGAUAUCCCAUAUGGAUAUCCAUUUACCAGUCCCAAUCACUUACCAGUUCCUAUGGGAGAAAGUAUUAUUAGCAGAUAUGGCAAAAAGAAUGAGAAACAAUGUAUUGGAAACCUUGAAACAAUUUAUUAAGUUGCUUUAUACAAGAUUAACAAUUUCCACACCACCCCCUAAUACCAACCUAGUGGCUGCACCAAAGCCACAACCCCUUUCACACUUAAGAAACGGCCGCACCAAGGAAAGCCCUGCAGCCCCGCAGCCCCCAGGCCCGGAGCCACUCUGCCUGUAG